CGCGCGGGCCCAGGCCGCCGGGCUCCAGCCGAGCAGCUGCGGCGGCGGCGAUAGCGGCAGCUCGGCGGCGAGUCCCCGCGCCCCUCGCAGCCCCUCCCCGGCGCGGUGCAUGGAGACGCGGCCCGCCGCUCGCUGCUGAGCCCGCCGCCCGGCCCGGGACCCGCCGGGGCUGGGGUGGCCUCGGACUCAGGCCGGUCCCCGCGCCGAAGCCGGACUCGAGCUCGGCCGGCCGCCCCCGCCGCCCGAGGGCUGCGCGCGGCCCGCGGGCCUCGUUGCCCGCGUGGAUCGCCGCGGCCCGGCCGUCCCGUCCCAGGAAGUGGCCGUCCUGACCGCCAUGGCUCAUUCCCCGGUGCAGUCGGGCCUGCCCGGCAUGCAGAACCUGAAAGCAGAUCCAGAAGAGCUUUUUACAAAACUGGAGAAAAUUGGAAAGGGCUCUUUUGGUGAGGUGUUCAAAGGCAUUGACCUUCGGACUCAGAAAGUGGUUGCCAUAAAAAUCAUUGAUCUGGAAGAAGCUGAAGAUGAGAUAGAGGACAUUCAACAAGAAAUCACAGUGCUGAGUCAGUGUGACAGUCCAUACGUAACCAAAUAUUAUGGAUCCUACCUGAAGGACACUAAAUUGUGGAUAAUAAUGGAAUAUCUUGGUGGAGGCUCUGCACUAGAUCUAUUAGAACCUGGCCCUUUAGAUGAAACUCAGAUUGCUACUAUAUUAAGAGAAAUACUGAAAGGACUUGAUUAUUUGCAUUCGGAGAAGAAAAUUCAUAGAGAUAUUAAAGCUGCCAACGUUCUGCUCUCUGAACACGGAGAGGUGAAGCUGGCUGAUUUCGGGGUGGCGGGGCAGCUGACAGAUACCCAGAUCAAAAGAAACACCUUCGUGGGUACCCCCUUCUGGAUGGCGCCCGAAGUCAUUAAGCAGUCAGCCUACGACUCCAAGGCAGACAUCUGGUCCCUGGGCAUAACAGCCAUCGAGCUCGCAAAAGGGGAGCCCCCUCACUCCGAGCUGCAUCCCAUGAAGGUUUUAUUCCUCAUUCCAAAGAACAAUCCCCCGACGCUGGAAGGCAACUACAGCAAAGCCCUCAAGGAGUUCGUUGAAGCCUGUUUGAACAAGGAGCCAAGCUUUAGACCCACUGCUAAGGAGUUACUGAAGCACAAGUUUAUAAUACGCAACUCAAAGAAGACCUCCUACCUGACCGAGCUCAUCGACAGGUACAAGAGAUGGAGGGCCGAGCAGAGCCACGAAGACUCCGGUUCCGAAGACUCAGACACGGAAACAGAUACCGACAGCCAGGCAUCUGGAGGCAGCGACUCUGGGGACUGGAUCUUCACUAUCCGGGAGAAAGAUCCAAAGAAUCUUGAGAAUGGAGCCCUUCAGCCUUCAGACUUAGAAAGGAAUAAGAUGAAAGACAUCCCAAAGAGGCCUUUCUCUCAGUGUUUAUCUACAAUUAUUUCUCCUCUGUUUGCAGAGUUGAAGGAGAAGAGCCAGUCGUGUGGCGGGAACACGGGGCCCAUAGAGGAACUGCGCGGGGCCAUCUACCUGGCAGAAGAGGCCUGCCCUGGGAUCUCAGACACCAUGGUGGCCCAGCUCGUCCAGCGGCUGCAGAGAUAUUCUCUAAGUGGUGGAGGAACUUCAUCCCACUGAAAUUCCUUUGGCAUUUGGGGUUUUGUUUUUCUUUUUUUCCUCUUCAUCCUCCUCGUACAAAGUCAACGAGAGCCUUUGCUGACUCGGCUGCAGUGGUGCGCCAUCCGGGGGCCGUCCCCCCACCCCGAGCCGCCCGUCCCGGGGCCCCGCGCCGCCCUUUCUCCCGGCCUGCACCGCGUGAAGUCUCCGGGGGGGUGGGUCAGGUCGGCUCCUUCAAGCGAUCAUUUUAUUUUAUGGUUCUUGUUUUUAAUUUUAGCCAGUGUGCACAUAUCAAGGAAAGUGUCUUUAAAAACAAAAACAGGCCCUGAAAUGUAUAUGUGGGAUCACGAUAAGGCCACAUCCGAAAUGAAACCUCAGGUAUCCUGCUUUAAGUUGAUCACUCCCCUCCCCGGGAGAUGGGGAAUCGCUCUGGUGGGUCAGUGUACAGAUUGUAUAUAGUGUCGUUUUUACGGAAACCCUUCUGGCGUGUGUCAGGAGUCACCGUGUACAAAUUGGCCGAGUGCUUCUGUAGAUAAUGUCAGUGGAGUAAAUAUUUGACAGGCCGUAACUCGAGUCUCUUGCCUUGCCUUUAUUACAUGUAAAUUUUGAAUUAUGUGAUCAGUGAUUUGGGUUUUCUUUUGUAUCUGCAGGGUUUGCCAUUAAUGAUAAUAAGCACCCCUCCUGCGAACACUCUUUGUACCUCCACACACGCACACCGCCCUCUCGUCUGCCCGACAGCCCUCUUGGUCCCCGUAGAGGUUAAUUUCCUUUCAUUUGAUGGUACUAUUUCUUAGUGUUUUAAAUCGGAACAUAUCUGGCCUCAUGAAGCUUUAAUUAUUUUAAGUUGCUCCCCGAUGAAGUGCUCUCGUCUUAACAUUUGUUUGAAAUUGUGCCACUGCCAGCCCCGCGCCCGCUGCACCGUCCUUUCUGGUAGGAUCUCCUGUCGCUCCUUGUGAAACCCGCGUAUCAUCCUGCCCACCUACAAGUGUCUGAAUGCUUACACGAAUAAAUUUUAUAACGCA